GCCCAUUAGCCCAGCCCAAAAGAGUCGAGACACCAGAAAAACUGAAAAUAAGACCUUGUCAUUUUUUAGCACAAGGACCGAGUACAAACAGUGAAACACACACACGCACACACAAGAAACAAGAGUAAGAAAAAGGCUAUAUUACACACAGCAACAAGGGAUCUGCUCAACGACCAUGUUGAGCACUUGAAAACGUUACCGUAGCUCCACCAGAGCUUACCGAUGUAGUAUUCGAAGAGGAUACAUGAUAUGUUGCGACAGGCAUUUUGGUCGGAAGAUGAGGCACUGGUGCUUCAAGAUUCAAGACUUGGAUUGCUUGUUUUAUUGAAGGCCUCGUGUUUACAUCAGGAUGAGCACACCAUAAUCCUACAAUCAUGAGACAUUCUGCUUGUUUCUCAUCGAAACCACCGAUCCUGAGUUUCUCGUCGAUAGCUGUAAUAACUUCUCCUUUUCCAUAAAGGUCCCACAUUUUCUCUACAAGGUUUGUUACAGGCUCUACUCUUCCUUGUCUUCGAUCCACAGAUUUUCUUCCUGUAACAAUCUCUAAUGUAACCACUCCAAAGCUAUACACAUCAGAUUCUUUGCUCGCCCUUCCGGUGCUUAUGUAUUCAGGAGCCAUGUAACCAAAUGUUCCUGCUAACCCUGUAGUCUGUGGACCUAGCUCGUGGUCCAUCAAUCUAGCCAACCCGAAAUCACCAAGCUUGGCAUUGAAAUUGGAGUCGAGCAUCACAUUACUCGCCUUGAUGUCUCUGUGUACAACACACUGCUCCCACUCCUCGUGAAGAUAAAGCAGUGCAGAGGCGAGACCGAGAGUUAUUUUGCAUCUCACAUGCCAAGCGAGAUGCGGCUUUUUACCAAAUAGAUGGGCGUCAAGGCUACCAUUUGGCAUGAACUCGUAUAUCAUUAGAAACUCAUCUUUCUCAUGGCACCAACCAAUGAGUUGCACAAGGUUUCGAUGUCUCAAACUGCUGAUUAUCUUUACUUCGGUUACGAACUCUCUUUUUCCCUGCUUAGACCCACCCGCAAACUUCUUUAUCGCAACCAUCAUAUCUAAGCUGUUUAAGUACCCUCUAUAAACCGCUCCAAACCCUCCUUCCCCUAGCUUCCUAUCAUCUGCGAAAUUGUUUGCAGCUGAUGCAAGAUCUUUAUAAGUAAACUUUCUUGGUCCUGCUCCUCUUUCGAGAUCUUCAUUUAUCGAUGUUAAGUUUUCUGUCUCCUCUGCUUUCUUCUUCUGCUGCUUCCGUUUCAAGAAGACGAUGAGCGAGGUAAUAAAAAAGGUCAGCAAAACGAACCCAGAAACUGAAAUACCAAUUAUCAUCCCCUUCUUGUCAUUCUGACUUUUCUUUAUAUCUAUUAGCUCCAGGCUUGAACUGAACUCCCAUGACAGAAGUCUAUUUCCCUCGGUGACCCCUCCAGAUGUCGCAGAAAACCCAAUUGUAACUUCUGAUGGCAGUACCUUUGAGAGAUCAAUGAUGUAAGAUAGGCUUGAAUUCUCCAGAGGAUCAGAUGUUAAGUCGUAAGUCCAAGAGACACUCAAGUUUCUUCUAGCGGAAUCAUAGAAUAUCAGGACACGGCCUAUAUCUUGGUUGUGUGACGUUGCAUUCCAAGAAGUGUAGUUAGAAGAAACAAGAGAGUUGUUGUUGAUUCCUACAUGGGAUUUGACAUCGAGAGGAUCCCAUUCUGGAUUAGUAAAUGUGUCGAACUCGACAUAAACAAGUGGGAAAGCAGAAGACUGAUUAUUGGUUCCAUUGAAUAGACCCAAGAAACCACCAGCUGAGUUGGGAGGCAAUUGGAUUCUCGCUGGAGCUAGAAAGAAAGCAAACCCAUGACCGUAAUUACCAUACCCAACAUUACGGGUAUCAAUUCUGAAGGAGAAACGCGUACUAAAAUCCGAAGGCUUACUGGUACCUGGAUUCCAUAAAGGAACCUGCUUACCAUAAGUAGCCCAACCGGCACGGCAUGUGUAGUCAAUGUUGGUAAGCUCAACAGCCCCAUUUGCUCUUGCAUCUCCUUGGUAUGCUAUUUCAGAAACAUCUGAUCCAAAACGAGAUAUGUUAAAUUGAACUGAACAGACAAAAGGGAGAACCAAAACAAAGGAAAAUAACAGAAUUGAGUUGGCCAUUUGCAGGCAGAAACAACAAUUAGCUCAAGAGACAAAAUUGGUGCAACUGAUAUGUAUAUUUAUCAGCAAGUCAAUGACUAAACCUUGAUUAUAAGAAUGAAAUCAUUUGAGAGCGUGAUCCAAGCUAUCACAGGAAUUAAAUUUUUUGAUAAACAACCAUAAAAGUCACCAUAUAGUUGACCCUAAGAGUAAACAGAUCAUAUCUCUGUAUUGAUUGCUUAUAACAGAUUAGAAAAAUGAGGAAGACAUGUUUGAUACUCAUCCUAAAUUGUAAGACAGCUUAUGAUAAUCACAAAGGAACUCAAGUAUAUCAAAGAGAAGACUUAUUUUUUCCUCAAGCCAAUGGGUGAACAAGCAGAGUCAAACUUUAUAGACUUCAAAAAUAAGAAAUCACAAUCAAAAAGUCCAUGUAACACUGAUAUUUUCCACAGAACAAGUUUAUUCACAACCACGAUUAGUUAUUUGAACAUGACAUGAUUAAUCAUCAACACAGAUGAACCAAACUCAAGAACAUGUCAAUGCACAGUAAAAAAGGUCAAAAGAUCUGUUCUUUUAAGAAAUCGAUUAAAAACAUACACAUCAAGAGACCAUUAUAAGCGAAUAUACUUCCAUCAAGUCAAUGCCAAACCUAGGAUUAGAAAAAUAAGAUAGCCAGCUCAACCUCAGAUAAAACUAAUUAGCAUCAACCUUAAAAGUAGUCAACUAAGUCUAUCUGUUAUCAUGAGAGGAAUGUGAUAAACAAUUGUAUAUGAUCUUAUCCUACGUGCAAGAACAAACCCAGAUACAAAAACAAAAUUAUCUUUGAAAACGAUGUGAAAUCAUUAAGAAAAAAGUAGGAACUUAUUUAAAUAUUUGUAACCCUGGAUCAUGGCCAUUCAGAAAACAAUAAACUUUCUAUGACUUAUCCAGUUAUCUUCAUUUUCGUCGAACACUUGGUGAGCAUGUCCUUAAACCAACCCAACGAACUACCUGAAAAAUCUCCAAGCCCGGUUCAAAAAAAACUCAGAAUGAUAGAAUUUAUGAUUUGACAAAAUUAUCCUUUAGCAUUAACGAAACGCAAGUUUCUAUUAUUAUCAUUUUCGUCCCUCAAGUUUCCCUUAAGUCACAUUAUUGCCCCAUCUGGCUUCCCUCAGAUUCACUUCCACUACCGCCGCUUCUCAUUCUCUUUCUCGUCAAUCUCAAUCAAUGGCUUCUGAAGAUACUCUCUCCUCGAAUCCUCUAUUGCAGAAUUUUGACUUCCCUCCGUUUGACUCCGUUGAUGCUCACCAUGUCAGACCUGGGAUUCGUGCUCUGUUGCAGCAGCUCGAAGCUGAAUUGGAGCAGCUAGAAAAAGCUGUAGAGCCUUCAUGGCCAAAACUAGUGGAGCCAUUAGAGAAGAUUAUUGAUCGGUUAUCUGUUGUUUGGGGAAUGAUCAAUCAUCUUAAGGCUGUCAAGGACACACCUGAGCUUCGUGCUGCCAUUGAAGAAGUUCAGCCGGAGAAGGUGAAGUUCCAGCUCAGGUUGGGACAGAGCAAACCCAUUUACAAUGCAUUUAAGGCUAUUCGAGAAUCUCCAGACUGGAAUUCAUUGAGCGAAGCUCGUCAACGAUUAGUUGAAGCCCAAAUAAAGGAGGCGGUUCUGAGUGGUAUUGCUCUUGAAGAUGAUAAGAGGGAAGAAUUUAACAAAAUUGAACAGGAACUUGAAAAACUUUCUCAUAAGUUUUCUGAGAAUGUUUUGGACGCUACAAAGAAGUUUGAAAAGUUGAUAACAGACAAGAAAGAGAUUGAGGGGUUGCCACCAUCUGCACUUGGAUUGUUCGCACAAGCAGCUGUUUCCAAGGGCCAUGAAACUGCAACUGCUGACACUGGACCAUGGCUCAUUACACUCGAUGCUCCUAGUUAUCUUCCCGUUAUGCAACAUGCCAAAAACCGAGCUCUGCGCGAGGAAGUCUACCGUGCUUACUUAUCCCGUGCCUCUUCGGGUGAUUUAGAUAAUACAGCAAUUAUCGACCAAAUCUUGAAGCUUCGACUGGAAAAGGCUAAGCUUCUUGGUUACAGAAAUUAUGCUGAGGUAAGCAUGGCCACGAAAAUGGCUACUGUGGAGAAAGCAGAUGAGCUACUAGAAAAGCUUCGCAGUGCUUCAUGGGAUCCGGCUGUUCAAGACAUAGAAGACCUUAAGAGUUUUGCGAAGAACCAAGGUGCUGCAGAGGCUGACAGUUUGACUCACUGGGACAUCACUUUCUGGAGUGAGAGGCUUCGUGAAUCCAAAUACGAUAUUAAUGAGGAAGAACUGCGACCUUACUUCUCAUUGCCAAAGGUUAUGGAUGCGUUAUUCGGUCUAGCUAAGACACUAUUUGGAAUUGAUGUUGUGCCAGCAGACGGUGUAGCGCCGGUCUGGAACAGCGAUGUUAGGUUCUACUGUGUCAAAGAUUCUUCUGGAAAUCCAACUGCUUAUUUCUACUUUGAUCCCUACUCUCGCCCUUCAGAAAAGAGAGACGGCGCUUGGAUGGAUGAAGUUUUUUCUCGUAGCCGAGUCAUGGCCCAGAAGGGUUCCUCCGUUAGACUCCCUGUUGCUCAAAUGGUCUGCAACCAAACUCCACCUGUUGGUGACAAGCCAAGCCUUAUGACAUUCCGUGAGGUAGAGACUGUGUUCCAUGAAUUUGGCCAUGCUCUUCAGCAUAUGCUUACCAAAGAGGAUGAGGGGCUAGUGGCUGGUAUCCGGAAUAUCGAGUGGGAUGCAGUUGAAUUACCGUCACAGUUUAUGGAGAACUGGUGCUACCACAGGGAUACCUUAAUGAGCAUUGCUAAGCAUUAUCAAACAGGAGAAACUCUUCCCGAGAAUGUAUACAAGAAGCUACUGGCUGCAAGAACAUUCCGUGCAGGGUCCCUUAGUCUUCGCCAGUUGAAGUUUGCUACAGUUGAUCUGGAGCUGCACACAAAAUACAUGCCAGGUGGGGCAGAGACCAUCUACGAAGUUGAUCAAAGGGUGUCCAUAAAAACACAAGUGAUCCCUCCACUUCCUGAAGAUAGAUUCCUCUGUAGCUUCAGUCAUAUAUUUGCAGGUGGUUAUGCAGCUGGAUACUACAGUUACAAGUGGGCGGAGGUUUUGUCUGCAGAUGCGUUUUCAGCUUUUGAAGAUGCUGGGUUGGAUGACAUUAAGGCUGUCAAAGAAACAGGACAGAGAUUCAGAAACACUAUACUUGCUCUGGGAGGAGGAAAAGCUCCUCUAAAAGUGUUUGUGGAGUUCAGAGGACGAGAACCUUCCCCAGAGCCUCUGCUCAGACACAAUGGACUCUUGGCUGCUUCUGCUUGAACUAAUUAUGUCCUUUGCUACUCUCACACUCAACUUUGGGUUUAUUAAUGUCAUUAAAUAAAAUUAAACUUUUUCCUUGCUUGUUUCCUGAGCAUGCUUUCUUCAAGUGUUGUAGUAAUCAUCUCAUAGAAGUGCAGCUGGUAAAAAAAAAAAUGGUUCAUAAACGAAACGAACAGAGAUAAUAUUUUUCUUCGAACCAUUUUCACAUUCUCCACUACAUUUUUCUUAGAUCCUCUCGAUCUUUUCUUACUAAGUCACUCUGUUCAUGGUGUCACCAAUAAUCUAAAGAACCUUAAUCUGAAAGAGGAAAAGGACAGAAAACUUCCACCUCUUUGCUCAACCUAGAAAUUCACUAACUACCCUUUACAUGUUUUCCUCUAUCUACUGUUUCCCUAACACUCAAAAUCUUUUCUUUCGAGUUUCCCUUCCUUCCUUUCCCUUCCAUUUACACAAAGGUUCCACCUCCACCCAAAUUCUCCGAUUCUAGUCUCCUGGAGUUGUUAAGCAUAUUUCAACGUACGGUCAACAAUUAUUACGGGGCUUCUUUUGCUUCCACAAAUGGAGACUGCACACUAUCCGCAUCCGAAUCACUUCCUGAUGAACUCCCUGACUCUGAAUCUGCAUAGAGUGCCAUACAAAACUCGAAGGGCACAAGAUCAUUUCAGAGGGAUAUGAUCUCUUUCUCCCUUCGC